ACGAAAACCCUUCUAGCUCUAUAGCUGCCGCAAUCACUCUCCUCUGCUCCUUUCUCCACCUUACUACAUAGAUCCAUCGACCAUCACACCAUAUAACCGUUUGAUCGCAACAGUAAGAUUCGAUAAGAUCUCUGGAAACCAUAAUCUCUUCGUCAACAAUCAUCAGAUGCAUGCAAAUUCAACAGUAAGAUUCGUUGAUCUCUGAAAAACCCUAGGCUCUUCCGAUCCUUGCAAAGAUGGGGGACUUCAACGAUGCCUUCAUGCGCAACAACACCGCCGUACAGGCUCGCGCGAAGGCGCAGAACCGCGCGAAUGUUAUGCAACUGAAACUGAUUGGGCAAAGUCAUCCCACUGGUUUGACAUCUAACCUUUUGAAGCUAUUUGAGCCUCGACCUCCAUUGGAGUACAAACCACCUCCAGAGAAGAGAAAAUGUCCUCCAUAUACAGGGAUGGCGCAAUUUGUUAGUAACUUUGCUGAGCCAGGAGAUUCUGAAUAUGCUCCACCUGUCCAAGAGGCUGAAACCCCUGUGCAAAGAAGGGCUAGAAUACAUCAGUUACGGCUAGAAGAGGGUGCGAAAAAAGCUGCUGAGGAGCUUGAGAAAUAUGAUCCGAGUAAUGACCCAAAUAUAUCUGGCGAUCCAUACAAGACAUUGUUUGUGGCUAGGCUUAAUUAUGAAACGACAGAGAGUAGAAUCAAAAGGGAGUUUGAGGCUUAUGGGCCUAUCAAACGGAUUCGAUUGAUUACAGAUAAAGAAUCAAGUAAACCCAGAGGAUAUGGUUUCAUCGAGUAUUUGCACACGCGUGAUAUGAAAGCUGCUUAUAAACAAGCUGAUGGGAAGAAGCUUGAUAAUAGAAGGGUGCUUGUGGAUGUUGAACGUGGUAGAACUGUUCCAAAUUGGCGACCUCGCAGACUUGGUGGUGGACUUGGAACAACCAGGGUUGGAGGUGAAGAAGUAAACCAAAAGUAUUCUGGGAGAGAGCUACAGCAGUCAGGAGGACCACCUCGGUCUGAGGAGCCCAGGACUCGAGAUGAAAGGCACGGAGAGCGGGAUAGGGAAAAAUCUCGUGAAAGGGGAAGAGACAGAGAGAGAGAACGGGAGAAGUCUCGUGAACGCUCUCAUGACAAGCCAAGGGAUCGUGAUCAUAAAGAGGAUAGGCACCACAGAGACCGGGACAGGAACCGGGACAAGGAGAGAGAGCGAGGUCGUGAUCGUGACCGAACACGUGACCGUGAUCGGGGUCGAGACCGUGGUCGGGAUUAUGAACGUGACAGAGACCGUGAUAGAGAGCGCGAUCGGGAGCGUGACCGACCUCGAGAAAGGGAAAGAGAUAAGGAAAGGGAUUAUGAAGUUGGGGAACCUGACCUUGACCGCAAGCGUUCACGUGAUAGAGAAUAUGACUAUGAGCAGGUGGAAUCUAAACAUGAUCGUGACCGUCAUGGUGAAAAGGAGUCUAACUAUGAUCCUGCUGAGCCAGAGGAUGAUCCUGGUUGGUAUGAAGAGUCUGGACAUGGGCAUAGGCGUCCAAAAGCUGAAUACUAUGAACAUCAAGGCCGGCGUCAAUAUGAUAAGAUGGAUGUCGAGGGUGAUCACGACCGCUAUGAUCAUCCUGAUCGUGAUAAUGAUCAGUAUGAUGAAAUGGAGGAUGACUACCAUUAUGAUCGAGCAGCUUCCGAGUCGCAUGAAAGGGAGAGGACUCGAGAUUUGGACCGUGAAUACCGACGCUCAGAAAGGUCACUUUCUCGCGAGUACGAGUACUAGGGAUAUUUGGUGCGCCUCAACUUCCAAGCUUGAUCGGUGAGGAGACGGAUGUUUGCCUUUUGCUCCUUUUUUUCUGUUUGAUACUUCUUGUGGUGUUCUCAUUUGAACCUAUUUUGUUUGGUUGAUUACUUCACCAAUGGGGCCGUACAAAAUGGAGCGAAUGAAUAAUUGUGUUAACAUUUGCAAUUUGAAUUUUUGUAGUGGGAUAAAUUUGCAAGUAGUGGCUUAUGUAAUGGCUUGCAGGUUCUUUA